GACGUUGCCAUGCGAUCAUGCAAUUGACACAGUUGCAGUGAAUAUGAUUUAGAUGCAUACUUUUUAAAUCACAGUCAGCUUCAGAAGUUUGAAAAGCAUCUAUUCGGUGUCAGUGGAUCCGCUAGUGAUGCUAACGCAGUGCAUCGAGAUUCAUUGUGUCGUGAACUGGUGUCCUUAUAUUAAGGUUAUGCGAUGAUACGGGAAGGUUAAAACAGUUUUAUAAAAAGAAGAAAUUGUGCCAAUGUAAAUAGCAUUUGCCACUGACGUGAUUCCAUCAAGUCAUGGCUGAUGAUGCAGUUACGCCAAAUGUAUCACCGUAUGAUUAUCAUAUGGUGAACGAGGAGAAUGCCCAGAACCGUUCCAGAGAGAGACAAAUAAAGGGGACAAUGUUGUCGGAAUUUCGAUCGAUAAGCAGAAGCGACUGGAUCACAGUCAGCAUAUUAUGUUUCGUCAAUCUUAUUAAUUAUAUGGACCGUUUUACGCUCGCUGGAAUGCUGCACAACAUAAAGAAUGAUUUUAAAAUUCGCAACGAUGAGUCUGGAUUACUUCAGACUGCAUUUAUUUUAAGUUAUAUGGUAUUUGCACCAUUGUUUGGAUAUUUAGGGGAUCGUUACAAUAGAAAAAUAAUAAUGAGUAGUGGUGUGUUCUUAUGGUGUUUGACAACAUUUAUUGGCUCCUAUAUGAAGACAUUUGGAUGGUUUCUCUUAUUUAGAGCAUUAGUUGGUGUAGGUGAAGCUAGUUAUUCUACAAUAGCUCCAACAAUAAUCAGUGAUUUAUUUGUUAAAGAUAUGCGAUCUAAAAUGCUUGCAUUCUUUUAUUUUGCCAUACCAGUUGGAAGUGGAUUAGGAUACAUAAUAGGAGGUGAAACAGCAAGAGCUACUGGUGUAUGGCAAUGGGGUUUACGUAUUACCCCAAUGUUAGGUGUAAUAGCCAUUAUUUUACUACUUACGGUUGUAAGAGAUCCCAUUAGAGGGGAAAGAGAAGGUGGGGUUCAUUUGACGAACACUGCAUGGUCCAGUGAUGUCAAGCAAUUAUUAAAAAAUCCAAGCUUCAUGUUAUCUACUGCUGGAUUUACAUGUGUAGCUUUCGUAACUGGUGCACUGGCUUGGUGGGCUCCAACAUUCUUGCAAUUAGGAUUUGCAUUACAACCAAACGGAACUAAUAUUGAUCCAGAUGAUGUUUCAUACAAAUUUGGAUUAAUAGGAAUGGCAUCUGGUUUAAUAGGAGUGCCACUGGGUUCGUUUCUAGCUCAGAAGCUAAGAGUGCAAUGGAAGCAGGCUGAUCCAUUAAUAUGUGCUGGAGGACUUCUCAUCAGUGUACCAUUGUUGUUUUUCGCCAUCCUAACUGCUAAUACAAGUUCUGUUACAUGUUACACGUUGAUAUUUUUUGGUCAAUUAUCAUUAAACUUAAACUGGUCCAUUGUAGCAGAUAUAUUAUUGUAUGUAGUGAUACCAACAAGAAGAUCUACAGCGGAAGCCUUUCAAAUACUUAUUGCACAUGCUUUAGGAGAUGCGGGAAGUCCUUAUCUUAUUGGUCUGUUAUCGGAAGGACUGAAAACGGUUCUCCUUCCAGACUUGCAUGUAGACACUGAUAUAAUGCCACCCGCGCAGAAAAUUCAAGACACGUUCGUCGAAUUCCGCAGCUUACAGUACGCGAUGUUUCUGACGUUGUUCGUGGAAGUUAUUGGAAGUCUGUUCUUCUUCCUCACAGCGUUGUACAUACAGAAGGACAAGGAGUUGGUCAGUCUCGCGAUUGCAGGUGGAAAUGCUUCAGAUUCUGUGUAUAUAUGUAACAACGAAGUCGAGAAUGAGAUACAGGAUGAUGGGCCCCAGCUAUAGUGGGAAAUAUCUUAGGUAUAUCCGAUAAUUAAUUAAUGCAACUAAAUUAGGUAAUGUGACAGAACGCAGCUAUUUCUAUGAGGAAUAUUCUAAGCAAAUGAAUAAA